AUGAUGUUACCAAAUAAAGUUGAUCAUGAGGGAUUAGCUCCUUUUCCAAUAUUACUUAGACAAGGCUCUAUGUACAACCUCAGUGCGGAUGAGGUUAACAGCCAAUUUGGAAACAUGUCCAAACCUUCGAACACUAUGAAUUUAGAUGAAUUAGUCAAGAAUGUCAUCUCAACUGAAGAGGGUCAUGAUCAUUUGAUCCAAGACCAUUCUUCAUCAGUAUCAUCAUCAUCAUCGUCAUCCUCGUCUUCCUUAGCUUCUGUUGACGUUAAAAAGUUGGACCGUCCAUUGAGUAAGAAAACAAUAGAAGAAGUUUGGAACGAGAUUGUGGAUCGAGAAUGCGCCGAUCUCAACGGCAAUAUUGAUUACUCAGCUAGACGACAACUGACAGUUGGAGAAACGAAUUUAGAAGAAUUCUUGAUUCGGGCAGGUGUCCUCAGCCUGGGAAAUCAACAGAGCAUUACAAAUCCACCACCAUUAUCAGUAUUGGAUCCACUGGUGUUAGUGAAGCAACAGUCAUCAGAUUGGAUUAAGUUCGACAUGGAGCACGGUCAGGGACAGGAACAGCAGCAUCAGGUGAUUUUUCCAACGCCAAUCCAGGCCCGGAUGGAUGCUUCAUAUUUUCCGGUGUCAGAUACUGGUUUUGAAAAUCACCCUCAGGUUGGGGAUGUCUCCUGUGACUUGGAAAAGCAGAUGGGAAUACCUAUGGAGGCAGCAUCUUCAUCAAAUCCUCAUUUGGAGACUGAAAGGAAAAGGCGGCACUCUGACCAAACGAUGGAGUGGAGCUACCAAAGGAGGCAAAGAAGGAUGAUCAAGAACCGAGAAUCUGCUGCAAGGUCAAGGGCAAGGAAACAGGCAUAUACAAAACAGUUGGAGCAGAAUGUGUCGGAAUUAAAGAGAACAAACCUAAGGCUGAAGAAGCGAAAGGAAAUGGGAAUGGUGUUAGAUUCCAAUCCUACUUCAGGAUCUCGAUACCAACUGCGAAGAACCAGCUCAGCUCUAUUUUAG